ACCCUGUUUGCACAGCAUUACAGAAGGUGCGUGACCGUGAGGGAAGGAGAGGUGAUUGUGGUCAUUCUGCUAUAAAGGAGCUCACCUGCACAAUAUAAACCCCUGCUGAGGAAACCUGAGCAUUUUUAGACUUCUGCUGAGCAACCUUUGGAUUUCUGAGCAGAUCUGUUAUAAGCUCACCGUGCUCUCAGUCUUGGACGACAAAGAAGUGAGUAGAAAAUGAAGCUUUCAGUUUGUAUCCAUCUGCUCCUACAUCUACUCCUCUGCACCUGCUGUAUCCACUGUACUGACGUCUUAAUUCAGUCCAAUCCAGCAGCAGAUGGGAGCAUCAUUAAGACAGAAGUGGAUCAGACGGUGUCUCUGAGCUGCAUGGUUGAGGGUCUUGCAGAUGGAGGUGAACUGGAGUGGUACCGCAACAAACGACUAGUGAGCCUCACAGAUGAGAACCGUAUGGAAGAGAGUCAUCUGUGUGUGGAGCCUGUUACCACAGAGGACAAUGGAGCCAUCUUCACCUGCCAGCUUAAGGCUAAUGCUAGCCUGAAAGCCUCCAUCCAUCUGGAGGUCAGCUAUCCCCCAGAUCUGAACGGCAGUGAGGAAAUGCAUGUUGAAGAGGAAAGUGAUGCUGUUCUGUCCUGUAAUGUUCAGGCCUUUCCUCCAGUAGCUGUAAUCUGGAAGAAAGAUGAUGCUGUGCUAGAUCUUUCCACCAGUACCUACCACACCAGCAAUGAUGGCGUCACCGCCAAGCUGUCCAUCUACAACAUCAAGCGCAGUUCACACCAGGGCCAGUACAGCUGUGAGGCAACUUCACCCACCUACGGACUAAAGAGCAAAACCUUCAUCCUCAUCGUUGGAGAUAAAGUAAUGAAGUUCCCCCUGUGGCCCACAAUUGCUGGCAUUGUGGUCGUGCUCCUUACAAUGCUGCUAGCUGUCAUUUCCAGAUGGCAGAGGGUUAUGAAGAACAAAACGUGUCUCUUUUCCCUCCACAGUGCUUUAAAAGAAUCCACCAUUAGUGACCAUCACCUUUGGGAUUCAAAGUACUGUUGCUGAACUGAACCACAGGCCUGCCCUACUGGAAUGCUACUGCAUAACAACAAUCUCCAAACAAAACUUCUCAUAUGAAACUCUACACAUGUAAAUAAAAUUAAUUUAAAAACACACCAUUACUGUCUGCAUCAAGUCCUGCAUUUUUGGAACUUGUCAUUUGAUAGAAGUAUUUGAAUAAAGUAAACCAUAAAGUUUUGUAGAGACCUUUCUUUACACUUGUAAAAUGCAGAUCUAAAUGCUAAUUACAUUGUGCAAUUGCUCCCUGAGGCUCGUUAAAAAGGUGUUAUACAUUGACUGCUGCUGAGUAAAAAGGAGACGCUGCCACACCUGGCACGUUUACAGCCUGGUAUCUCAAUGUCAUGGCAAUAUAAACCUAUUAAAAUUCUAACAAUUACGAAUUCUCAAGGCCAGGUGAAAGGUUUUCCUCAAUACGAACUAAAGGAAGGGGUCACUGUAAAUUUGAAUGUGUACUGUAAAUGUCUGUAAAUCACUGUCUGGCAAAAAAAAAAAAAUCUUGUAUCUCCAUUUUUUAUGUAAUUCACUUUGACAUCCUUUGAAUCUGGCAGUUGUACUUUACAUUAUGCCAAAAUUAAAUGAAGUAUGGACUAAUAGAAAUGCUCCAAAGUGAAUAAAACCUUAAAAGUUGCUGUUAAAACACAAA